AUGGGUUUUAAGUUCAAACUACAAGAUCCAGAGAUGAUUCGUGUCACUUCAAAGUGCAAAACUUCAUCUCACAGGGAUGAGACAGAAGCGUUUACCAGAGAUGAGGUAGAAAAAUUCUUCCACAUAGAGGAAGUCUUACAUUGGGCAACCAGACAGGGCGGUACACCUAAUGACUUCAGAGGGGCAACGGUUAAAAGUGAAAAAAAUUCAAGAGGAAAAGCCCGGAAAGUCAACCUUAUCGAAUGUAGUGCUCUGAAGGGCAUCGGCGUGGAACAAGCGUUAAAUUGGUUGUUGUGUGUUUGCCUGGGGGAAGACAGUUAA